UGAGGGCGAUAGCACGGCAGGGAUUGGCAGGCAAAAGUGAAGAAGGCACGCCCGCCGACGACGCCGCAAAGCUGACUGCCAUGAUGGGCCGCGGACUGUGACAAAGCAUCUGGGCCUCCCAUGACCUCAUGGGCUCCCUGCAAUUUGGACUUUCCGCAUUUCCUCUUGACUAGUUUCACUGUUCUGCCCUGCCCUGCACAAGGCCCGCUGACCGCAUCCGGCUCGGGUCUAGACGCCUGGGCGAUCAAGCGAAACAACCCUCGUCGUCGAUCCUUCGGCAAACUUUCCGACUGCCGCGUGCAACUCCUGACGCCCAACCACCACUCUCUCUCUCCUCUCUCCCUUAGCAUACGUGGCUCAGGCCCUCUGGCUGCGAGUCAGGCCACGACAAAAAAUAUUCCAGAAAAAACUAUAGGGCUAGCGGGUACACGUGGUGCCUACGCCUCACGCCUCACGCCAUCAAAGGCCGUUACUCGGGCGAAAGACUCCUUCUCGACGACUUCCAAGUCCGACAAGUCACUCCUUCACGGUAACUCCGAAGUAGGCACCUACUCGAGUAGGGGCCCGUGCUGUUAGAUUGGCGAGGCGAGAUUGCGCCAUGCUCGCCAACAUAUACCGGUUGCCGGUGCUUGGGUGGUCAUGCUGACGCUGUCCGAGAUCGUCGCGGUCCGCUCCUAGGCCUCUCUAGCCUACCGCGUGCUGAGUGAGCCUCAAUCUCAUAUGCUUUUUCACCAUGCCAGCCCUACGC